AUGAAGCGCACACACCAUACCGAUGCUGGGGUCUGCGAGAAGAGAAAGCUACGAACCUGUUCGACGCCCCUAAUUGGCGACUGCAUGCGCCAGCUGGCGGAGCAGCUGAGGGGCCGCGAUGGUGUUGUCGCUGUGGACCCACUGGCGUGCGUCAAUUUUCAUGAGGAGGCUGCGGCGCGCACCGCACUAGAGGCUCUCUCGCUGCUCCUCUUGGAUAAGCCCAGUGAGCAGCGCACGGAUGGCAUGUGUGCACAUCGGCAAACGUGGUGUGGGAUUGGCGUUUUGCGUGGCUGGGAGAGUGACGUAGCCUACAGCUGUGGAGAGGGCGGAAGCGUGCUAUGGAACGUUGUCCCCGUCGCCCUCACCGUGGUGCCAUGGCAGGUGGAGUUGCCACUGCGGCUGCAGGAUCUCGUGCUUUGCCAAGGCCACGUUGCAUCCAUUGACCAGCUUGAUUACGGAAGCAGUGAUGUCGGCCCCGUCCCGGACACCUUCCUGACGCGUGAGGCGGUGGUCUUGCUUCGUGGGCUGCCACGUUGCCGCGUGCACGCGGUCUCCGGCCGCUUCCCUCUCUUUAGUCGGGUCGCACCUCCCUCUUUUUCGGCGGCGCCUCGAGGUGUCGCGACAACGGAUGCGGCCUGGUCGUUGGUGCCUUCACGAGAGGUCUCUCCUGUGCGAUGCACCGCGGCUGCGCAGCGGCACGCACGCCGACUGUUGCCCUUUUUGGUGCGUGGUUUGUCGUCUCUGAUGGAGCCGUUUUCUCCGCGGAACGAUAGGUCUGUGCCGGAGUGCUGGACUGUGGUUUCUUACCCAGAUGGACUGCCGCGCGCAGAGGCAGGGCGUGAGGAGGCCGACGUUGUCCCUCGUGACAUCAGUGGUUCCGCCGGCGCCGCCUCCGCACACGAAGCCAAUGUGCACGAGUCUGAUUGUUCCUGCGAGGCGGCACCGUUCUUCAUUCUGCCGUCCCACCUGCUGUGCCGCUCGUUGCGCGUCGCGGUUGGCUGGCAGAAGAUCUCGCCCUCCUCACGGCCAUUGGCGUCGGAGGUGCUUCAGCGUCUCUGCUGCCUUGUGGAUGGUGUUGCGCUCUGCACAGACCGAGGGGUCACACUCACAUCCCGGACAGUCUGUAGUACCGGUCAGGAGACGCGUUCUGCCAUCAUGACAAUUCAAAAGGCGUCCAGCAUGUGA